AUGGAUAUAAUGCAAGACUAUCUUGAAUGGAGAGAAUACAUUUAUCUUAGAUUGGACGGUCAAACAAAACCAGAAGAACGUACUGAUCUUUUAGGGAAAUUCAGUGAUCCUGCCUCACCUUAUUCCAUCUUCAUGUUAAGUACUCGUGCUGGUGGUUUAGGAUUAAACUUACAAACAGCUGAUACUGUUAUAAUUUUUGAUUCUGAUUGGUACUUGCAAGCUCAGGAUCGAGCUCAUAGAAUUGGGCAAAAGAAUGAAGUUAAAGUUCUACGAUUGAUUUCACAAAAAUCGAUCGAAGAAAAUAUUUUAGCACGUGCUCAAUUCAAACUUGAUAUUGAUGGGAAGGUGAUUCAAGCAGGAAAAUUUGAUCAUAAAAGUACUGCUCAAGAACGUGAAGCAUAUUUGAGAUCAUUAUUAGAAAGUGGAGAUAAUGAUGAAACAAAUGAAGUUCUUGAUAAUGAAGUUCUUGAUAAUGAUGAAAUUAAUGAAAUUUUGGCACGCAGUGAUGACGAAAUAAGGAUCUUUAGAGAGAUUGAUGAUGAGAGAGAAAAAAACGAGGAAAAAGAAUGGCUAAGCUCAGGAAAUAGUAAUAUUAGGAAAAGUAGAUUAGUUGAAGAGCAUGAAUUACCUCCUUUGUAUUUAGCAGAAUAUCAAGAAAUUAGAUCUGAAAAUGUUGAAGAAUAUGGCAGAGGACAAAGACAGCGAAAAGAAGUUUUCUAUGAUGAUGUAAAAAAACAUAAUCAAAGGGACAGAAAAGGAAAACGUAAAGCAGAAGAUAUGGAAUCAGGAGAUGAAAAGCCAAAAAAGAUUAGUAGCAAGAAAUAUAGGAGAAAAAGAAUGGAAAUGAAAAUUAGUGAUGAGGAUGGUAAUGAAAUUAAAGGGAAUAACAGCAAUGUAGCAAGCAGUAGUAAUAAUUAUUCACGAAGAUUAAAACAAAAAUUUACUGAUUCUGGAUCUUCUACCACACCGAGUUCUUCUCUGUUUCAUCAAUGUAUUGUUCAUCUUGAAAGCUUUAUCGAUAACUCGGAUGAAAAACCACGAAAAAGAGCCGAGUUGUUUCUUGAUCUUCCUAAUAGAAGAGAAUAUCCAUCUUAUUAUAAAGCAAUCAAGAAACCAGUAUCUCUUAAUCUUUUACGUAAACGUAUUAAUCGUGGACAUUACAAAUCUUAUGAUGAAUUUUUCAAUGACAUGAUUUUAAUGUUUGAUAAUGCUCGUACUUUUAACGAGGAUGAAUCUGAAAUCUACCAAGAUGCUAAUAUUUUACAAGUAAUUCAUUGA